GUGUGUGAGAGAGAGAGAGAGAGUAUUAUGAUUAAUCAUUCAGUGAUACACCUUGUGAAUGCUCUCUAUUUUUGUGAUUUAAAUGUCUAUCCUUCAGUAAAGAGGACCUCGCGUACUGUACUGUCCGUAUCAGUCGCCACAAGACACACUCACAACGGAGUUAAGCGGGAAGUUUCAAGCUAAGGAAUACUCCACCACACCUUGGUCACUACACCAUACCUGUUUGGUGAGAUGUUAACGCAGAAUUGAUCGAUGGACUAACUUGGUUUGAGAAACUAUAGGGAGUCUGCUGCCUACUGAGGCCGAUACCAGGUGAGUGAAAGAAGACACAAGAUUUUACAAUGUCUCUAAAGGGGAAGGUGUGUGUUGUGACGGGAGCUAGUCGUGGGAUCGGGAAAGGUAUCGCCCUACAGUUAGGGAAGGCUGGAGCCAUUGUAUAUAUCACAGGCAGGACCCUUACUAGUUCUGGUGACGUGACAGGAUCUCUAACAGACACAGCACGGGAGGUAGAAGAACGAGGAGGCCGAUGUAUCCCUGUACAAUGUGAUCACUCGAAUGAUGACGACAUUGUUGAAUUGUUCGACACCAUUAAAAAACAACAAAAUGGUCAGCUGGACCUGUUGGUCAACAAUGCUUACGCGGCCGUUAAGAUGAUAUCCGAAAACAAGGGGAAGUCUUUCUGGGAACAACCCAUGUCGAUGUGGGACACUGUUAACAUCGUCGGACUGAGGAACCACUACAUGUGCGCUAUCCACGCGGCACGACUGAUGGUUCCCCGGCGGUCAGGACUGAUAGUCAAUGUUUCGUCCGGGGGAGGACUAAAAUACCUAUUUAACAUACCGUACGGCGUGGGUAAGGAAGCUUGCGACAGAAUGGCGGCGGACUGUGCUGUUGAGCUGAGGCGCCACAAUGUGGCGUUCGUCAGUCUGUGGCCGGGAGCAGUGCGGACAGAGUUCACAAACCAGCUCUCACAGUCAGCUGAUUCAGCUAAGACAAAGAAAUCCGGAAUUAACUUUGCUGAGGGAGAGACAACGGAAUACGCUGGUAAAGCCGUGGUCAAUUUACUAUCAGAUAAAAACUUGAUGAGCAAGAAGUCUGGUAAAAUCCAUCUGACAAGUGACCUGGCGUACGAGUAUGGGUUUACAGACAUUGACGGCCGUCAGCCGCCUUCAAUUCGCCAGCUAAGUUUUCUUCUUGGUCAGAAUCCCAAAACUGCAUGGAUUGCUAAAUGGACUCCAGGAUUUCUGUACAUACCGCGAUGGUUGUUAGCUCAGGCAGGCAAUAAAUUCUAACUCAGUACGAGUAAACUCAUAAGUUACAGUUCUCAUGACAAACAACACAGUGUCAUGUACUGUUUUAUCAUCACACGUAUUUGAGUAUAUAAUAUCAUGAAUAUAUGGUCGACAUUAUACAGUUAUGGACUUCAGGUGAGGUCUGUCAUCCCUGUUUUACGGACCUGGUCUGAACAAUAUUCACUGAGGCCGGAGGCCGAGGUGCAUAUUGUUCAGACCAGGUACGUGAAUCAAGAAUAGACCGAAACUGAAGUUUACAAUUAUUUUUAUUAUAUGACAUUUUACAAAAACAUUAAUCCUUUUGCAUGUUAUAAACACAUGGAUGGCAUCGACCAUUUUGGAAUCCCAGAUUGAAGAACUUCAAAUACAAAAUAAUAUACACACUUCAUGUGAUAUUUAAUCUAAAGUAAAUAUAAUUUGCACAAUCGACAUCAUUAAUAGCAUCACAUAGUGCAGAAUUUGAUGAGACAAUUCAUUUGUAGUUGAAUUCAGGAGUGUGGUUUGUAACAGAUUUACAGACUGGCUGGGGAAUUACCGAGGCCUCCUUUUAGUAGCGGUCUUGGUUUUCACAGAUGCUGUUGUUUUCUUAUAAUUAUUCCAUAUAUAAAUUCUGUAAUCACGUUUAUUAAUCUUAACAACAACAUGUAACAUUUAUUUAUAUAUUGAUAAUAAUGAUAUAUAAAUUGAACAGGAGAAAUCAAAAUUAAUAAACAUGUUAUAGUUUCGUUUCUCGGUGAUAGUAUUUUGUCGUGAACUACGAGGUUAAGGACCUGGCCCCAAACACGAACAAACAAGCCUUCUUAAUUUUCAAAAUUACAAAGUUCUUUAUACUUGUUACUCCUCCUUCUACUACUACUACUACUACUACUAGUAGUAGUAGUAGUAGUACUACUCAAGUAUUCUUACAUGUGUUGUUUUGUUUAAAUACAAUAUCAAGAUUGAUACAUUAGAUACUAGUAUCAUAUGGGAUGGUUUUUUUUAAACAAAACACAAUAUAACACAUUUUGUAGUGGAAGGGAGAUUACUCAGAUUUUAGAGAGUGUUUUUUUUUUAUAUUUAACUUCAAAAUGUAAUUUGAUUGCAAGGUAAUCAAAGAAACAAAAGCACAGCAAUAACCAGAAAAUAAUACGUAAUUCGUUGAAUUUUGACCAACUUCCCUUAGCUUAGUGACUUUUAUUAAUGGACUAUCAUCUAAUCUUAGACAGAAUCGCAGCAAUAUUGUCCAAUUCUAAUACAUUUGUGUUUUGGUUAAAAGGACGAUUGAAGAAGAUUAUAUAUUUUGCAAAGCUACAUGUUUUCUAAGAAGAAAAAAAACAAUAGUUUAUGUAGCCUAUUCAAGAUAAUGCUGCAAAUCCUUAUGUAAUUAAGUAUCUUUAAGAGUAACUGCAUUCAUAAAGAGGUCACAAGUAAUAAGUACAUGUUUAUGUUGAGGGGUGGAAAUAAGCGUAAAAUCUAAUGUAAAGUUAUAAUGCGCAUGAACAAGAGUACGUUCCCGGCAUUUUCAAUUGUUAAAUAUAAUGAUGUUAGACAUUGUAUCUUUGCCAAUAGUUGAUAUUUAUAUAGUGUGCCAUAAGAAUGUAUUCAGCAUUGAGAUAGCAUGUUAUAUGCAAUUAUUUUAUUUAGUAUUUAGGACACUUACGUUCGUGUGUCAUGAUUGACAUAUCUAACUGCAAACAUGUAAAUGUGAAAUAGGUUUUAUAUGUUUUAGAUUAUACAACGGUUAAUCAGCUGUCUGUACUCUAUUUGUUGUUUUUUAGUCUGUAUAUUUUUUAUAUUGUGUUGUUGUCGCCAUUGUUCAAAAUUAAAGCAAUGGUGUGGUACUUUACACACAUGAGUCGGAGGGUUUAAAGAUGAAGAAGCUCCACUCAUUCUAGUGUAAUUGAUGUUGCAAAAAUUAAGCGUCGUCGAUACCGUAUACGUCCUCAUAUCGAAUCAUUUGAGACAGGAUAUGAAACACGUAAUGGCAUUGGCAUAAGACAAUAACUGGCAUAUGUAUAUUAUAUUUAUAACUUAUUGAUCUGUUCGCUUUAAAACAGAAAGAUAUAUCCUGACCCCCAAAACAAUGUCGUUGUUUGACACUGAUGCAGUAUCCUAUUCAAUAUUUAUUCACUUCAUUAGAAUCUUUAGAUCCCUAAACCGAAUAGAACCCUUAGUGUCCUAAAUAUCCAUUUUACUUUUUAUUUCUGUAUCUACAUGUACAUGUAAGUAAUUGAAAUUUCAAAGAACGCUCGUUUUGUAUUCGGUUUGAGUUUAUAGUAAUAUAGCACCGAUAUUGAAUGGGAAGGUUGACGAAUGGGUGAAUGGAUUUUUAUUUUAUCAUGUUAACACUGUCAUGAUGAUUUGUUUUGGUGCCUUUUCAAGUUCCAUUGUUUGUACUUUUUAAUUUCCUUGUGUGUUGACGAUCUUGUUUUUUUUGUAUUUUCAUUGGUUUUUCCAACACUACCAUGCAGCCUCGUACAUAUAGUCAAAAAGAGUUAUCUUUCCUUUCUUUGUUCGUUCCCGAAAUUUUAGGAAAGAGGCUUGAUUUUAACAGGCGUAUACAAAAAGUAAAUUGCUUCAAAUAUAAUGUUAAAACGAUUUCAUAAUACAUCAGAUCGUAAUAAAUCAUUGUAUUAUAUAUAAAUUAGAUACUAAUCUUCGUAUUAUAAUAAAUCAUUCAUAUACACAAAUACAAUACACACAUUUAAAAGCAUUAAUAUUUAAUAAAAAAUACUUUUCAUAAAUAACAUGCAUACAAUGUAUGUACAGUCAAAUAACGCAAGUCACUAAACCGCGUCAACAAUUUGCUCCCAGCAUUUUGUGCAUAAUCAUAGCAAACUUCAGCGUUUUGUUACUCACUAUCUAUAAAAGUAACAACAUCAGUCAUCAAAAGGCCCGGAAAUCACAGUAUAAGCUCAACCACAAAAUAUCGCAAAAUAAAAACGACGAAAUGUUUUUCUUUUAAAUUUUAGUGAAAAUUAUUACUUCAAUCACGUCUAUGUAAGUUCAAAAUUAUAAUAUAAGACAGUCAAAACAAUACUUUUUGUACAUUUUAAGCAUUACGAAAUGAAAACACAUUCUAAGUCUUCAAUUAACGGCUUAUUAAAUUGACAAGGUGUGAUCCAGGCCUGGUUAUAUUAUUGGGAUUACAUACAUAAAUAUAUAUAUAUACAGUUGGACAGAACCCGGAUGUUCAGCGACCAGGGCUUCAUGCCACCUCGGAGCGUCCCGAAUGUCAAUAACUAUAAACUUGACAAUCGGCAUUGUAAAUGGACAAGCACAGAUUCCCAAAUAUUCACAAAUACGGGGAUUUAAAAUAUAAGAUAUAAGUUUAUGAUGUUAUAUAAUUAAUAUAACAAAAUUAUUAUAUUUAUAUGAUUAUGAAGUGGACGUGAUAUGAUACCUGGGUAAGCGAUAUCUAGUAUGCCUCUGUGUUUCAGUGACAGAUUAAGUGACAACCAUGAAUUUAAUUAAACUUUAACUGCUCAAUGAAAGUUACAAAUCUAAUUUGAUAGCAAGAAUUACAUAUAUCAACAUUAAAACUACAAAAUAACCACGGUAGGAAAACAGUACAAGUUCACAUUAAUUAGAGCUACAUAAGUUCUAAAAACUAUUCUAUAAAUAGACACGACUGACGCCUAAGCUUUGUCAGAGAAGAAAAUGGCAAUAAUUUUGUCAGGUCGGAUAUCUGAUUUUUCAGUACGUUGUUAUUUUUUAAGAAGUCUGAUAUGAUGUGUUGGUUUGAAGGACAUUUGAAUUAUCUCAAUAACAUUGCUGGCUUUACGAACUUUACAGUUCUAAGAAGGCGUGUAUAUUGUAUUGUUCGCUUUGCAGUCACAUAGACAUGCUAUCAGAAAUA